GUUCCAAAGGUUACGUACUCGUGGACCCGGCAAGUUUCUCCAGACCGUACCUGCCUCCCCGUCUGCCCGUUAAUCCUCAUGCACUUGGUGGGGUUCGAAUUCGCGCCUAGCAUGUACUUUUUUAGUGGCCGCUGUUGAACUUUCUGUACAAUUUCACGAGCAUUUGGUCCUCUUACGUACCUGCCUCCUCAACCUACCCACCUUUAAACGUCUACCCUUCAUCCCUGCAUACCUCGUACCUACCUAGCUUCUCUUAACCCCCCAUCCUCUCUUCAAAACGUUAACUCAUUCUUGAUUUAGCAUAUCCACGUACAACUCUACACAUAUCUCGACAUCUCGUGGGUCACUGAAUUAGGCACGACGACUAUUGUACAGUGCAUACGAACGAUCCAAGAUUUACAGUCUUGUUUGACCCAUGCAAAACGCAGCUUCGUCUACCAAUCGUCUCGUCGCAUGAUUGUAUCCGGAACAAGGCUUAUGCGACUGCACGACCUAUCGCAAUAAUUAUUUAUUGACAAUUCAGGUCACCCUCUCCUCUGUUGCUCAUUGCGGGCUAUCCGUAUCUUGCAGUAUUGGUUGAAACCACUGGUUCACCUCGCCGCUAUCAUGGACCUUGAAACCAAUACCCGUAUUGCCAUGCCACGCAAGGUAACUAAUGUCCUCGAGUUGCCGGAUGAGAUAUUGAAGGAAAUAUGCGCCAAUCUCGUCCAAUCCGACUUGAUCUGCCUUUCCCUCGUCUGUCGGCGAUUUCGCGACUUCGCCGCCGCACAACUAUAUCGCAACUUCCACAUCGUGUUUCCCGACGAGGAUGACCCCUUCUUCGAUUCUCCUAUUGAUGGCCUCGCAGGUGGCCUAUCUACCUUUGCCACCAGUGAUUACAACUAUGCGCAAUACUUGAGAGAGAUCUCCCUCGACACGCUCAGUGUAGGCGACAGGGCUGAGGCUGCCUACAAGCCAUAUCUUGCGACCGUCAGCUGUGGAAAGUUUUUAAAUACCCUUUUACUUCUCACUCUUCGAAAGGCUAAGUCACUAGAUGCUUUCCGAUGGAACAUCCGAGUCGAAUUGAGCCGGCCUGUCUACAAGCAGCUUCACGAGAUUAAGACCUUGAGACAUCUUCAUCUCCGCCUACAAGCUGGUCCCUCGCUCUACGAACCUCCUCCUCCUCUUCCUUACACUAGCCCGCCGUUUUCCGAAUUUGCCGUAGCAUCGUCGUCUACGCAAUGGACAAAUCCUAGCAACAGUCUGCCUGUUGCGAUCUAUGGUCCACCCCCUGCUUUGACACCUUCGUCUCCGGUCUUCAAACCUUCUUGGAAGAAUAGGGUAUCCAAGAAGUCACCCGCAAUUAUAGAGCCGCCUACUAUCUCGGGGUUUAAAGCUUUGGAAAGUCUCAGUGUUCUUGACAUUGACAGCCUCGAUGUAAUCACAGAGAUCCAAGCUUGCAUACGCAAUUCUUCGUCGACACUACGAAAGUUGAAGCUUUCCUUCUCAACUUCCCUUGCGAUGCAAGCAAGAAAGCCAUCCGCAGAAGCAGAACUUGAUGAAUCCGAGGAUGACGAAUUUCAAGUUGUACCCCUAUCGGUGACGGCCAACUAUGAUAGCAGUGGGCCGGCAAAGGCUUUUCGGGCUCAGGAGGAACGAAAGGCGCAAGAGUCGGUAUUAUGCCGCAUUUUCGAGCUGGACCAUCUCCAACCUAAAGUUUCUAGCACAAUUACAGAAGAUAAGAAGGAGGAUGAGGUCCAAGAACAGAAGCCUCAGUCGCGUGAGGGCGACCGUUUCAUUGAUGGUGUCAACAAAGUCUUCCAACGCAUAGUAGAACACGUGAAUGGCACGACUGAGUUUACUUACUCGCAACAAGCGGAUGCCCUAGAAACUAUUACGGCAGCCGCGACAAAAUAUGUAGAAUGGAUGGAAACGAAAGACAAGGCCGAUGCCCCGACACAGGACCAAACUACCAAUGAGAAACCGAGUUCGCCUUCUGACGGCGCAGACCAGCCGCUCCCGCCUGAUAAUGGGCCAAAAGACCGCCCGCCUAGGGUAAAGGAUACACCAUAUGAUGUUGACCCCGACGAUAUCGAUGUUACGGUUCCCGAAGAGCAGUUUGGUGUUGAGCUGCAGCCAAUUAAUGACGCGGCAGCAACGGAUAUAGCACAGUCGAAGGAACUGGGUAGUCCCCUAGAUGAGAUUCAACGCAUAACUAAGAGUUAUAACCUAGAAUCCAAAGAUUCUAGCGAACCGCCCGUCCCAACCAAAGAGAAGCUAUCUUCCAACACUAUCAACGACCAGCCAAUCUCAACCGCAAACCAGAAAGAGAAGCCACCUUAUGACGCUAACCAGUAUGCACGAGACACUAGAGGCAUCGGCCUCCACUCUCUCAGCAUUCAUCUCAUACCGAUCAAGGCUUCGAUCUUAGGGAAGGCUAUAGAUCUCCGCACGCUGAAUCAAGUCACCUUGUUAAAUGUCGGUGAGCAGAAAAGAUUCUGGGUAUUGAUGAUGAAAGAGAACAGAUUAAAGCCACUUCCUCUACGGAAGGUCUUUACCGACGACGUCAGCCUACAGUUCCUGCAAUUGGUUUCAGAACUUGAGUGUGUCAAGGAGGUACUCAUGCUUCAGCGAUCGCCGAAGUAUAAACCAGAGAGUUUUGCGCCGAAUCCGGGGACGAAUAUCGAGCAGAUUCGCAAGUUUGUCUUGAAGAAGCAUAUGCAUUCUAUUAAGCGUCUCAUGAUCAAGAAUCAAGCUGAUAACUCAUGGGAUCUAAAUGAAAAAACGGUGCAGCUCAUUUGCAGACGAGGAAAAUCAUUAGAAGAGUUGGCAGUGAUAAUGGGGAUGAAUGCAAUUCACACAUUUCUCCAGUUAAUAGCUGGCCUUGUAAAGCUUCGAGCACUACAACUUGUUUCGUUUAGAACAGAAGACACAUGUCUCUCAGUCAUGCGUGAGACACGUCGUUUCAUAGUUGACGCUAUCUCUCAUCAUCCCGAACUGAAGCUAGAAUGGCUUGCGCUAGGCGAUGACGACCGAGUUGUGAGAGUUGUCCGAAAGGCAGAGACCCCGAAGCAGCCAAAAUUCACCUCUAAGGGAAAGCAGCCUGCCACGAACCCAACAGACUACAGCAUUGGUGCUGGGCCUUUCCCAGUAGCACCCACAGAUUGGGACGACGUAAGUGAAAGUGAAGACGAUGGCGAAGAUGAGCGUUUGCCCGUGCAGAAGCUUGAAUUGAACGAAGGCUAUUCGUUUUAUGAUAUCUAUGGCGUUCGGAUAUUCAAGAAAGAGGUCGCGAAUGGACGCCUCUAACACUGAGGAUUACUAAGGGGCUCUCAAGCAUCACAAGAGAGGGCAAAUGCUUUUCAUGAGGUGUAGGCGGUUGAUUUUUGUUGGCAAAAUACCCCUUUCUGUUUUCAUAGGAUGAUGGCGUUAUCUAGUAGACAAACUGAUCUACGAACCGAUGAUGAAUCGUGGAGGGAUCACGAGUUUUUCUCUCACGCUAUCUGGUGGCUAUCCACGGUGAUUAGGUUAGUUACCACGACAUACACAAUGAAUCGAUGCUUUACAUAUAACAUUCGGUGACCAUA